AAAAUUAUAUAUAGAGAAAAAGAGAUAGCUAGAGUUUCAUUUUUAUGCACCAAGUGUAAAAGUUUUCGCAAGUGCAUUAUUUUCCUUGUUCUGAAAACGAUUAUUAGGGUUCUUCGUGUUGCUCUCGGAGACUCAACAAUGGCGACCAAAUUGGCAACAACACCACCCUCAGACAGGGUCGAACAAUUCUUCCAGGAACUGCAAACCCACAAGAGCAUCAUCGCCACCUGCACCGACCUAUUCACCACCCUCUCCACCCACUUCUCCUCCCUCCAACAUUCCCUCUCCGAGAAAACCCAAUCCCUCGAAUCCAAGUUCCAAACCCUAGAUUCCCACUACAAUGAAACCCUCGAAUCGCUCAACACCCACGAGACCUCCAUCCCGGAGCGCGAGUCCGCCGCUGCCGCUCGUAUCGACGAGCAGAAGGAAGCCGCUAUCGCUGAGUUCCGAAACCCCCUUCCGUCGGACUCCGAAUUGCCCGCCACGUUGAAAUCCCUUUCGCGGAAGAUGGACUCUUCCGCGUUGUUGCGGUUCAUUGUUUCCAAGCGGAAGGAGUCGUCGUGGCUGAGGGCGGAGAUAGCGCCGGCGAUAGCGGAGGCGGUGGACCCGCCGAAGCUGGUGUUGGACGCGGUGGAGGAAUUUCUCAAUAGCAAAAUGAUGGGUUCUAAGUCUGGGCUCACCGAUAAGAGGUGGGCAUGUGGGCUUCUGGUUCAGGCUCUGAGUUCGGACUCGCCGGGGUUCUCUAGAAGGGUUGUUGAGAGAGCUGUGGGUCUCUUGGAUUCGUGGAAGGAGCAGAUGGAUAGUGAUACGGAGAAGGGUGCGGCGGAGGUGGUGAUGUUUAUGCAGAUGGUGGUGUGCUUUGGGUUGAGGUCCAGGUUCGAUGAGGAGUAUUUGAGGAAGCUGGUCAUGGAGUUUGGUACCAGGAGGGAUAUGGCAAAGCUUGCUGCUUCAUUGGAUUUCGGCGACGAGAUGAUAGAAAUUAUAGAAGAACUAGUUAAAAAUGGCCAAGAGAUAGAAGCUGUUUAUUUUGCUUCAGAAUCUGGUUUGACUGAGAAGUUUCCUCCUAUCGACCUGCUCAAGUCUUACGUUCGAAACUACAAAAAGAAUGUUGCUACCAUAUUAGCGAAGGGAAACAACAGUCAGGCUGCAACGGAUGAAUCAAGUACUCUUGAGAUGAAUUCCAUAAGGGCUAUAAUCAGAUGUGUAGAAGAUCACAAACUUGAAUCCGAAUUCAGCCUUGAUAAACUGAGGAAGCGGGUUACCCAUUUGGGGAGAACUAAGGCUGAAAGGAAGAGGAGUUCAUCAACUGUAAUUAGGCCUCCGAAAAAGCGAGCCUACGGAUCAGGUGGCGGUCGUGGUAACAGUUCCAGCUCUUCCCGUCCAGCCAAAUCAGCAAAACCCAAUGCAUACCGACCAUCUUUUAGUCGCAGGAACCUGGCACCACCCUCUCUACAGCCUAGUCCAAGUGCAAGAUUUUCUGGACCAUUCAGCUACCCCAGCCAGACUAUAUUGGAUGGUUCCAGUGCUAAUCCUUACGCGGCAGCAACCUAUGGAACCUCCCACACACAAAGCCCAGCUGGAAUAUCACAACAGCACUACUCACUCCCUGUUGACAAUUUGGGUCCCCUCGGUUACCGAUCUAGUGGUUCUUAUGCAGGUCAGAAUAGCUACGGGAUGUACGAUUAUGGAAAUGCUGCUCCACCUACUUAUCAGUCUCCAUACACAUUAGAUCAAACCAGCUACAGAGGGUAAGUUUUUCCCCCCUUCAAUCAUUUUCUGCCAAGUUGUGUAUGUUUCCAUGCUACAGCAUAGGAUUCUAACUUCUAAGCAUGGUGAUGCUCUAAUGUGAGAAGAAAUGUAAGAGGUCAAAGAGGAGGCUCGAGUGAUAGGUAUUUCAUAAAAUUCACCGAGCCCAGUCUCAAUUUCUUAUUUUAUGUUUUCUUAUCUAUUUUGUACAUCUCUAUGUCAGUUUCAGCUUUUUGCCUGUUGGCCAUUGUAGCUUCCAGAAGCAUGGUGAAAAUGCUCAUAUAGCUAUAACUUGUGCUAUUAAUCUUUAAUCACCAUAUGAUGUCACUAUAUUUAUUUUAGCCGUUAUAAAAAAGACUUUGACUUUUGAUUUGGGGGAAUCCCAAAUCCUCAUA